AAACAAUGGCGGUAUAAUCCUCGGUGGACUAUCGAAGAUGCAAUGCGCGAGCUAGAAAUCAAGGAGUCUAUCCUUCGAGAUUGGAAGCGGCGCUACUGGCAUCAGCUGGACAAGAUUGUUCCAGAUGAUUUCGUGUGGGCAAAGAUGGCAAGGCCUAAGCGAAAAAUGAAACUCGCAGAUAAGACAACAUGUGAAUGGCGCUAUAGCGUGUUUAACACGCAGUCUCAACAGAGUAGCGUUGUUGACUGCAGGAUCUAUAUUCCGCACUAUAUGGACUCGAUGUCAAGGAACAUUGUCGACCUUCAGCCCCAACCGGACGCGCGUCCACGUAUGAUCAAGGACAAGGUCGGUAAAUAG